GGGCGGGUCUCUCCGGCCAACCGCGGCUGGCGGGCCGACCGGGGCGGCCGCCGUGCCCGACUGCGGUGGCGCGACCCGGCCCCGGGCCCCAACGCGCUGGCCAGGCCACCACCUCGAGGGGAGGCCGGGGACCCGGCUGCACGGCGUUGUCACCAUCCCCCCGGACCCCGGACGCAGGGGCAGGACGGGGGGGGGAUGACGAGGCCUGCUGCUUGGGCUAGUCGGGCGCCAUGCCGGCAGGGCUGUGCCACACGCGCGGACGCUGCCUUGGGAACACAGGCGGGCCAAUGUUUACCGGGCCGGGCGCGGGCUCGGGCCAAUCGGGCCCCCUUGCCCGGAGAGCAGACGGGAAGAUUGCCGGGCGUCAGCCUUCGCGCCCUGCGGGGGGGGCCCGGGCGAGGGGGCCCGGGCGAGGGGGCCGACGCUCGUAUGAUGAGGGGGGGGGGUGUCAUGCGCCCCCGUCCCCCCUCCCCCUGCUCGCUGUCUCUCGGCCACUGGGGCCCCUGGGCUGGUGGGUGCGCUGGUGUUGCGAGGUGCCAAGACCAGGCGGGGGGGGAGGGCCUAGCCUGGGAGAGUGGGCCCGGAUAAGGGCCUCGCCGCCCUGAGCCGGUGCGUGUUGCCGGGCCCGGAUGCCGGCGGCCCAGGGAGGCUGCAGGGCGGCGAGCACCAUCGGUGUGACCGGGGGCAUGCGCGUCCCGGGUGUGCAUAUCGGGGGGAGGAGCACGCGCGGGCGCGACGGAGCCGUGCCGUAGGUGUGCGCCGGCCCGGUGCCGGCGGCAGGGGCGCCGGACGAGCACAUGGCCGGCGGCCGGCGCGCUCCCGUGCUCCGGCCGGCCAGAUGCCGAGGCAGGCCGGCACCCGGCGGCGGGAGGAGCCCCGGGCCAGGACAGCCCACAGGUGGCCGGACCCGGGAGUGACCGAACGCGAUGCCGAGCCCGGGGGGAGCCCGCUGGCGGGCGGGGCAGUAGCUCCGGCAGGCAUCCGCCGCACGGCCGGGCGGGGCGGGGCCGGCCGCACCUGCCUGCAGGCUGCGGCCCUAUAAAAGCCGGCCCUUUUGGCGGCCAGGUACCGAGGGCUCUUCAGACAACGCCAUCCGCCAUCCGUCCCUCCUGUCCCCCGUCUCUCCGACCCUCCCCCGCCCUGUCUACGCCCCCCUCGCGCGGCCCCUUCGCCCCUACCCCGUCCACCAUGUCCACUCGCAAGAACGCCAACCAGACCCAGUCGCCCGGUCGCGGCCAGGAGGCCGAGCACCAGCGCCAGAGCACCUCGCACAGCCGCGACCACUCGAGCUCCGCCUCGAGCAGCAGCCAGUCGCAUGGCAGCCGCAGCCCGGGGUCCCAGGACUCGCGCACGCGCUCCCACUCGGGCACCGGGUCGGCGCACGCCAGCGGCGGCCACGGGCAUGAGCAGCAGAACCGCGACGCCCAGGGCCGCUUCACCAGCCAGGAGGAGCACUCGACCAGCCGCCAGGGCCAGGGCCACGCCCAGCAGAACCGCGAUGCCCAGGGCCGCUUCGUCAGCCAGGACGAGCAUGCCACCAGCUCGGGCCAGCACCACCACCAGGGCGAGCUGGCUCGCGAUGCCCAGGGCCGCUUCAUCAGCCAGGAUGAGCACGCCAGCAAGUAAGCCGGCCGCGCGUCUGCCGGCGUGCGGGGCACGCGCUCCACGGUAUGGCGGCCUGCCCCCGGGCGAGGCACACACACGCACACACACGCA